ACAUUCUACCUUUUGUUUAUUUUCCGGAUUCUUUGAUAUAUUGGAAUGAAGAUUCAAUGAGAAAGACAGUAAACGAGCAAAGGAAAUCAUAAGAAUCAACUAAUUGGGAUGAGAUCCAGAAAAAGACUCAAAGUGAAUCUAUUUUGGUUCAUGUUCAACAAUUAGACUUGUGAUCAGACAUUUAAAAGGUUCUUAGGUUUAUAUUGUGAUUUUGUUCAAUUUGAUUGGAAAAGUUAAUUGUUUCAUCGAAGUUAAACUUGAAUACAAGAAAUUUACAAUGAAAGAUACUAUGGAAAAAUCUCUUCAAAAAAUAGCUCAAGAAAAGCAAGAGGCUGAUGAACGAUUGAAACAAGCUGAAGAUGAAGCUCGAAUGGCUCAUGAACGAGUUACCAAUGCUACUAAUCAAGCUCAAUCGUUGCGAGAUCGAUUGGCGAUCAUGGAACGGAAACUUGCCGAAGCAAAGGAAACUCAGCUUAAGGCAUUGGAAGAGAUUGAGAGUAAAUCAAGUAGAUUGGAAAUUAUUCAAUCGCAAACCGUUACAUUGAACGAUGCAGUUAAAAUGCUUGAAGCUAAAUCAGAGAGUCUAAAAAAGGCUCAAAAAGAGUUAAUGGCUUUGGGUGAUAAGAUGGAUGCCAAUGAAUCGGAAAAGCAGAAGAAAUUUGCUGAACUUGAGGCUGAAAUUGCUCGAACUCGCGAGAUUAGCAUCAAACGGGAACAGGAAAUGGCCGAAAAAUUGGAAAUGCUUAACCAAAAAGCUGAGAAAUUGAGACAAAUUAACGAGAAACAAAAUCAAAAUCAAUGAAUUUCAAAUUAUGUACUAGUUUAAUAGCUUUUAAACAUUGAAAUAAACGUUAAUUAAUAAGUGA